AUGAUCACACAGCAAGAGAGGAAACAAGAGAAAGCUGAAGAAGAUAAAUUUGCUGUUCUAUCAGUCUGUUCUCAUGGGCUGGUAGCCAGAGAACAUCAGUGUGGUUGUGUAACAGUGGAAACUGGUCAGGGAAGUGGCCUUAUUGGGAAUGGAAAGUCUCUGGAGCCCAGACCCAUUAUCAGCACCCUCUCAGGCCCAAGUUCACCUCCGAGUCCUUCCAAAUGUUUGUUUUAUGGGCAUAUUCCUUAUACUCCAGAAGCUGGCACAUACGGGAUCCUGCUGAGAACUACGCAGGUUUUACUUGGCAGUCAUCUGUACAUCCAUUAUGGUUUCAUUCUUCCACAACAGGGCACUGUUCUGGAAUGUUCUGAAGGGGGUGCUGGUAUCAUAAUAGAGGAACGACAACCCAGAACAGUCCCAGUGGAUGGGAAUGUCACUCAGGAGCUCCGGCACCCGCAGAGAACAGCACUGUUCUUCCUGCUGCUCCCUGAUGAAAAUACAGAACUGAUCCUCUUCCAGUCUUUCCCAGAGAGCUAUUCUGCGUUCUUUUCCCAGGGUUCAGCAGAUUCCUAUACAAGCAGGCCGUCUGACUCCGAUGUCUCUUUGGAGGAGGACCGGGAAGCAAUCCGGCAGGAGAGAGAACAGCAAGCAGCUAUUCAGCUUGAGAGAGCAAAGUCCAAACCUGUAGCAUUUGCUGUGAAGACGAAUGUGAGCUACUGUGGUGCCCUGGAUGAAGAUGUGCCUGUUCCGAGCACUGCCAUCUCUUUUGAUGCCAAGGACUUUCUACACAUUAAAGAGAAAUACAACAAUGAUUGGUGGAUAGGAAGGCUGGUGAAAGAGGGCUGUGAGAUUGGCUUCAUCCCAAGUCCACUCCGAUUGGAGAACAUAAGGAUUCAGCAGGAACAAAAGAGGGGACGCUUUCACGGAGGGAAAUCAAGUGGAAAUUCUUCUUCAAGUCUUGGAGAAAUGGUGUCAGGGACAUUUCGAGCAACUCCCACAUCAACAGCAAAACAGAAGCAAAAAGUGACGGAGCACAUUCCUCCUUAUGAUGUUGUGCCGUCAAUGCGUCCGGUGGUGUUAGUGGGGCCGUCACUGAAAGGUUAUGAGGUAACAGACAUGAUGCAGAAAGCCCUCUUUGAUUUCCUGAAGCACAGGUUUGAUGGGAGGAUAUCAAUAACAAGAGUGACAGCUGACAUUUCUCUUGCUAAGAGGUCUGUCCUAAAUAAUCCCAGUAAGAGAGCAAUAAUUGAACGUUCGAACACCAGGUCCAGCUUAGCGGAAGUGCAAAGUGAAAUUGAAAGAAUCUUUGAAUUGGCGAGAUCUUUGCAAUUGGUUGUCCUUGAUGCUGACACCAUCAAUCACCCAGCACAACUUAUAAAGACUUCCUUAGCACCAAUUAUUGUUCAUGUAAAAGUCUCAUCUCCAAAGGUUUUACAGCGGUUGAUUAAAUCUAGAGGAAAGUCACAAAGCAAACACUUGAAUGUUCAACUGGUGGCUGCUGAUAAACUUGCACAAUGCCCUCCUGAAAUGUUUGAUGUAAUACUGGAUGAGAAUCAGCUUGAGGAUGCUUGUGAACACCUGGGAGAGUACCUUGAGGCAUACUGGCGUGCCACCCACACAACCAGUAGCACCCCCAUGACCCCACUGCUGGGGAGGAAUUUGGGCUCCACAGCACUCUCACCAUAUCCCACAGCAAUUUCUGGGUUACAGAGUCAGCGAAUGAGGCACAGCAACCACUCCACAGAGAACUCUCCAAUUGAAAGACGAAGUCUAAUGACCUCCGAUGAAAAUUAUCACAAUGAGAGGGCUCGGAAGAGUAGGAACCGCUUGUCUUCCAGUUCUCAGCAUAGCCGAGAUCAUUACCCUCUUGUGGAAGAAGAUUACCCUGACUCAUACCAGGACACUUACAAACCCCAUAGGAACCGAGGCUCGCCUGGGGGAUACAGCCAUGACUCCCGACAUAGGCUUUGAGGCUGGCAAAACAACAACAAAAAAUAUUCAUCUGUUGACAAUUUGCCAUAGCACUGCUAGGAUAAACCAGUCAUCUUAACGUGGCAAGCACAGCACAGUACUUACUGUGCUUAUGGGCUGCUGUCAUUUGAUGCUAAGUAUGGGCAAACACAAAAAAAGUACAUUAUGCCCUGGGAUCUAGAUAAAUACUACAUGCCCAGUCAUAUAGAUAUUUUUAAGUGCAACAUUUACAUGAUACAGUACCUUUUGUUUUCUUCAUAGAUUUAGACACAUCAAUUUGUAAUUUAGGGUACUUAUCAAGACACAUAUAAAAUAAUUUCCCAUGCUGGAAAUUCCAAAUGACCAGUUCCAGUUGGAACCAAUUUAUAAACCAAUUCCUGUUGGAAUUUGGGUGAAUUGACUAGGAAGUCUACUUAAGCAUGUUGCAAUCAAUUGAAAAUUUGGAAAAAAAAAAAAAAACCUAAAUAAUGAGAAGAUCAAAAUACCAAUAGAAGCCAAAAACAGCUAUGGUGUUUAUUUGCUGGAAGCUAAAUUUACACUUAAAGUUGGAAUGUGUAAACAUUUUAAUAUAUGUUAAUUUUGCCAGAAUGGCUUUUCAAACUUACCAAAUGUAUUGAUAGUGCCAAAAAAAAAAAAAAAUCUCAGAAAUCUUAAUGCAGAAAUUCUAGUCUCCUCAGAUUUUAGUAUUUUUAUUUCUUUUCUGGUGUAGCUGUUAUAUUUAAAGUGUUUUGCUUUCUAUGCAGUCGGUAUUGUUAGCUUGUUUGAAAUUGUUGGCAAAAAAAAAAGAAAAAGAAAAAAACAUCCUCAAAAAAUCUGCAGCAAUGUGAGAGAAUAGUACAGAGAAGCUCAACCACAGCUGGUUAUGUGAAAUGAGAAGCAAGGUGUUGUUUCUUCUUUAAUCAAUCUAAGCACAUCUACAUUCAUCUGGGGAUCUGAAAUCAGAUAGUGAGGAUGUAGAGAUCCUCCUGAGUGCAAAGCUAAACAUCUCCAGAUGGGAGGCCAUCCAUCCUGCUUAACACAAACACUGGUCAAUGUUUCCUGCCAGCACAAUUUAGUAUCUUUCCAUUGCUUCAUUCAGUGUCUGUCGUGAAUAUCUGAGCGUCUAGCCCUUCACCAACUUUUUAAAACAUGCUAACGAUUUUUGUUUUCCAUGGUCACAUUCAAAUUAGAUAUGAAAAGUUAUUUUUGUAGCAAGACUAAUUAGAAAAAGUUAAAAACAAAUGAUGAAUUUAAAAUCUUGCAGUAAAAAAUAGAGUAUAGAUUCAGAAUAUAUUUGUUCACUGAAAUUGUAGCAUUUUGAUGCAGAAAAUUAAAAAUAUAUUGGAGAUGGAGCUGCCUUAUUUCUGGUGAACAUACAUCAUCAUUUUUUAAUUAUUUAGUUUUUCCAGUGACUAUAAUUAUGGAAUUGGUUACCUGUGUCUUAGAUUACCAAGGAAGACCUAGAUUCACGAUGAUCCAAGAGAUUGUUGAAAUUGAUCCUUUUAUACAAGACACAAAUGUCCUUACGAUUCUUGUUUCUAAAAUUCCAUAAUACAUGCAUUUUCCAAAACCCCAGUAGAACCUAUGCAUAAAAGUCCUUUUCUGCCGGCACACGUCACACAUGGAGCCUAUUUUUGAAAAUAAGAAUUAUUAAUUUUAUGUUAUCAUAUUUUUCCCCAAGUUUUUCAAUAUUCAUUCUCUCAAAGCAUGUGCCGGUUCAGUAAUUUUCCUGAUCAAGAGAGUAAGUUUCAUAUUCUUGAUUAGUUAUGCAUACCUUAAACUUCAGUACAGCCUCACUCUGUGCCCUCCCCUCUUGUUCACUGUGUGUAUCCCGUUAUGAAUCUGUUUAGCUGAUAAUGAGGAUGCCUGUAAUUCUGUAAGUCAUCUCCGACAUUGGACACAAUGAAACAUGGGCUUAGCAAAAUUUAAAAGUUAACUUGUGAUACUGGCUUGUGAAUUCUUUUGUCAUCUAGUGAAGCUUGAAAAACUUUCAGUUAAGACAUUUAACAGAGCUGUAUCCAUUAGGCUCUUUAACCAACAUAUAACCUGCCAUUUCUAAAUAUUUUGUUAGAACACAGGAACAUUUCCAGCAAACAAAACUAUAUUUAUUACAUGUACAGCACAUAUUUGCAUGAGAAAGAAAACAUUAGCCAAAACAUUUUUCUAUAUGCUUUACUGGUUUCUUGUUUGUGUGCAUUAAAGUAUUUAAUUGCAAAGAGUGCACCGAGAUGUAUAAAUUUAGACUAGACACCUGUUCAGCUUUUUCUGUAGUAGCAUUAGCAAUUUGGUCAUUUAACUACUUUAAGAUAUUUACAUUUUAUGGCAGGUAGCUGUAACAGCAUUUACAUAUAUUUCCUAGACAGUGAGAUUUCCAUUUCUUUCAAGUUAAAAAAAAAUCACUUAUUUUUAAAGCCUCUCAAGUCUUGUUUCUAUUCUUCCAUAUCAUGCUGAUAAUGAGGGAGGCCCAUUCAAUCUGUGCAUAAAACCAGUCCAUCAUUUUCCACCAAAUGUCCAUGCCUGUUUUGCUUUGCAUUCUUAUUCAGAAGCUAACAAUCUUGGAAAGGGUAUAAUGUACAUUUUCUGGAUGGAUUUAUUGAAAAUUUCACUUUAACUUGGGAUAUUUUUCGCUUUCCUUCUGUAAUAAGUUUAUCUUCUUCAAAAGAAUAAGAGAUAUGCAUCUUCCUUUUUUAAAGUUAGGGUUUAUUUUGUAAAUGAUACUGAAAUCCAGAUAUAUUCUAAAUAAAAAGUUUUAUUUUUGCCAAGCACACCAAGCACCUUUGGAAAUACAUAUUCCAGAAAUAUUUUAUUUUAAAUUCAGUUCCUUUAAAAAAAAAAGCAAAUAAUUAUAAGCAGGAGAAAUGAGUCAUAUAAUAUUUUAAAUCUGUUACUUGAGUAUACACCACAUAUUAGAAUUCUAUAAUUUCAGUCAGAAGACAUGUAAUAAUGUGGACUCGUGAUUGUGUGGACAUGUAGUCUUGCAAAGGAAAGGAAUGCAAUUUGUCAAUCCUGACAUUAAUUCUCAAGGCUGUAACAUGACUCCAAUAUUAUAAUCAACAAUGUUAUCUUGUUUACCCCAGUAUGUAAAGCAACACUUAGACAUGUUUAUAAAUGACUGAUUCUCUCUUAUCUUUAUAUAGUUCUACUGGAAAAAAGAUUGGAAUUGUUAACAAUUCAGACUAAUGGUCUUUCUAAUUAGAGAGUCUUAAUUUUGUGACUAUACAAGUCAUUGCAUUUUGUCCUUAAUGAAAUGAAUUUUUUAAAUGUGAAACAUAUUCUGAGAUAAUUAUUUGUUCCCUUGAGUAAUUUGUUAUUUACUCGAAUUAUUAUUGUUGUUCUUUACAAAAUGUAUUUUUGGAAUGUUAACCUCUUUUCAUACCUGCAUACUUGAACUUGUCUUUUGUGUGGGGCCUUAAAAUUCAUAAUAGAAAGUAGGGGCAUUGAAAGGGAGUGAGAGAAGGAAAUUAUAGCAAAAGAUGAUGUAGAAAAUUAAACUCUAUAAAUGAACAUAUCACAAAAUGUGAUGACCCAAGAUGCCAGUUAAGAAUGUUUCUAGGCAACCUUGAUUUGCAUGGUAGUAUAUUUUCUUAGUUAUAUAAUUUUAUUUUGAUAUUUGCUAAAAAACAAAACAACAUAUGCCACUAUACAAAUUGCCCUACAUAUGGAUAUUUAUUCUACCUCUUCUCUAGAGAAGACAGUCUUUCUUUACACGGAAAAGUACUUGUCAAGGACUAGUGAUGAAACGCUUACUAUUACUGCUAACCUUGCUGCAGAGCUAAAUGUAUACAGUGUUAAAAAUAUGCCUUCCCUUUAGAUCUUAAACCGUUUCCCCAAUGCCCUUGUCACCCUUUCAUUUCUUCCAUGUUAGUGAAGUUUUCUUUUAAUUGAUUCAUAAUUUAACAUGAGGCAUGGGUAAUUUAACAAAUAAGUCUUCAUAGGGAACAAAAUAAAUUGCAACAGAAUUACUUUGAGUGCAGUGUGUUAUAAUAUCUAUCUCUAAGUCUAAAAAAAAGAGUAAUUCCAGAGACUUGAUGUUUCAAUGCAGCUGGUUUGCAAAUUCAAAUUUAAUUGGUCCUUAAUUUCUUAUGGACACCAAGAGCAUGACUUAGCCACUCACUGGGUAAGGAUAUGCUUCAUCCUGGACUCCAGUGUAAUUGGAACAAACCUCAUAUCAAUGUUUCAAAUAAAUGUUUAUGUAUCCCUUAUUCCUUUUAUAUUUCUGCCUUUGUCUUUUAUGACAAUGUUGCAUGUUGGUUCUUUUCUUUUUAAUUAUAUAAAACUCAUCCUUGAAUGAUUAUAUGAAUGAACACUUCAUAGGAAAUUCUGUAAUAAAAUCUGUUUCAUUGGUUUCUUAUGUCUUUAAAUUAUGUCAAUACUAUAACUGUGAACUAGUUUACUUAUUCCAGUCAGGUCUAUGUGGCAGAGAGCAGUCCUCCUUUUUUUAAUGAUAGUCAUCAUUGAACCAAUCAAUGUAACUUUUUUCUUGUUGAGCUAAGCAAUUAAGUUAGUCAGAAUUGUAAAAUUGGUUCAUAUGGGCAGACAGAUCUACAGCAUUCAAAAAUAACUUUUUAAAGUUUUUUUUUUAUUUAAAAGGUCUUUAUCCACUGAAAUAUGUCCUCUGAUAGCAACUGUUCUAUCUAUGUGUGGAUAUUUUAAUCCCAAAUGCUGCAUGUAAUUGAGGUGUAUUAUGAGAUUAGAAAGUAUCUCGUCAGAUAAUCUUAAUUAAGGGCUGUAACUCCCACUUUGCCAUAAAAAACAUAUAAGUAAGAGUGAACAGCACUGAGUUUGGUUUCAUGUGAAACUUUCUUUUAUUUCUAUUGAUGGAUGUAAAAUGUUUGCAGAAAGAUGGUAGAAAAUGUUACUUAUGAAUUUAUCAUGGUUUGGGGAAUGCACUGAUACUUUCUCAUUUGAAAAUUAUAAAGAAUUAAAAUGAAACCUAACUAAGAACCAAAAGUGACUGGCCUCUAGCUUUUCAAUAUUUUGUAAGUAUUCUUCGUUAUGUUUUGAACACUUAACUUUCUCCACAAAUGGCUGUGUCUGUAUUUAUGUAGGGGCCUCUCUUGCCCUGUCUGCAUGCUACUUUCACACACCGUUAAAUGAAAUCAGUGUGAAUUCUGUAUGCAUAAGGGGUGUAUUAAAAGAUGCGCAAUCAUUUAAGCUAUGUUGUUGCAUACUAUUUUUCAUAUGCCUUACAAUAUUUUCUGGGAUGUUAUUAAAAUGAAAGCAUUUUAUUGCCAAAAUAAAUCUAUGUUGUUAUUACUUCUGCAUUAGCAGUAGAAAAAUAAAUAAUGUAGCAAAACUAUAUAUUGUACAGAACAGAAUUAUAAAAUAUGUAUAUUUUGCCAAUAAUAUGAAAAUAGAUUGAGGAGAAAGAAGCACAUUUGUUAUAGCACAAACUGAACAACAAAAUCCACUGUUAAAUUUGGCAGUCCUAUUUUUUAAAGGUAUAUAGAUUUGGUUCUAUGUUUUAUCAGGUUGAUUUCAUCUACCAUCUUUUUUAACUUGCUGCUUGAUACUUUUCCAGCAAUUUAUUUCAUAGCCUUGCAAUCUGUGGAUGUAAUUUCUUUUAUUUUACCCCCUUACAUAAAACUUAUUAAAUUUUAUUUUGUGAUAAGACUCAUACUAUAUUUUCUGUAUUUAUUUCUUCUCCUUCAAUAAACAACUAAAAUGUCAUCGCAAAUGAGCUCAAAGGGCUCCUCUGAAUUUUGGACUUGUUUGAAAUUUCUUGUAGUUUUCAAGCGUCAAGUAAGAAUGUCCCAAGAAUAGAAUAUAGUUAGGGAUUCUUUAAUUUGUUCUGUGCUGGAUACUAUUUUGAAACAUAAGUUAAAGUCAUUCACUUUGUUUUUGAAGGGGUGGAUGGGAAUAAAAAUGUAAAGUUAUUAUUAUAAAACAUACUAAAAAUAAAUAUGGCCAAAUGAUGUAAAAAGAUUUCCCCUGUUACUCUGGGGGCUGUUGCUAUCCCAGGCUAAUGCUGUAUCUCCAGUGAUUAAAGUGAGGGGGGGUACUUUUGCCAAAUAACUUUUUUUCUUUCUUUAAAUUUUAAUUCUUUAUUUUGAUGAUCUACUCCCUUUUAUUUUUAUUAUAUAGGUAUGUGUAGCAUUCUACAAGGCAUGCUGGGUAAAAUAUACUAUGCAAAUGUGUACAGUGCUGCAUGUUUUGUUCUCCCUCUGCUUUAGUGGCUCUAAAGAAAAAAAUGUGGUGUUAUUUUUGUGAACAAAGACAUUUAACAAAGAAAAUGCAGAGUGCAUGCAUACAGUAUCCUAAUUUCUAUGGAUUUGUUUUAUGGAAUUUAAAUGUGUACAAAACAACUGCAUUAAUUUUUUUCUUUUAUAUAAUAAAUGCAAAAACACUGAAA